AUGAAAACCGAAAACAGAAAAUGGAAAACGAAAAAUAAAAAUUGUGUUUCUGUAACUAGACGCAACCUUAGGAGUCCAAUCUACGGUGAAAAUUUGCAACCAACAUUCAUAUUACAAAGUAGGAGGGUCGAAAUAUUAAAUUUGCCAAAUUCUAAAUCAACAGCGUUCAUAUUGCAAAGGAAAUCGUUAGCUGAGGUUGAUCCAGUGGGUUCAUUGGUUCCACUAGUAACUGUUACAUCUUCUCAACCAUAA